UGAGUGAUUACAGCAUACUUUGAUGGAAUUGCAAGUCGAUCAACUAAAAUCCCAGCAAGUCGCUCUCGGCAGCUGGGCAUUUCUUUUCUCCGAAAUCAUAAACUACAAUCUCAAACGUGUCGACGGAAUAGCAGAGCUCGAGAGUAAACUCAACUGGCUGGGAUACAGAGUAGGCCAGCGCGAGCUCGAGUUGUACAAGUUUAGGCAGGAGGGCACCGCGAAGAAUCCAAGGCAGCAUACCAGCCUGAUAGAGGUCCUCCAGUUCAUACAUACCCACAUUUGGCGGUCUUUGUUUGGGAAAACGGCUGACAGCCUCGAGAAAUCUAAGGAGAAUGCAAACGAAUACAUGAUAUCAGACAACACACCAAUCCUAUCCCGCUCGAUAAGCAUACCAAAAGAUCUGAAGAACCUCUCGACCGAAUCCUUUACCUCCGGCAUCGUCGAAAGCGUUUUAGAUGGACUUAACUUCAAAUCGAAGGUGACGGCGCACUCUGUCCCGACCGAGCAAUAUCCUCAACGCACUACAAUCCUAAUAAAGCUAAUAUGAUCACUGUAUUAGGGUUAGGCUCUAUUGGCAGCCUCUUAUCAUGUAAAUUACGCUUAAAUUCAUGCCGUUUGAAUGUUAUCAGUCGUCUUAGCAGGAAUGCUGAGAUAAACUACAAGGAAUACAACGGACUCGAACACACUAUUAAAGGAUUUGAAGUACACACCGCAGAGAGUAUACCACCCAUUCAACAACUCAUUAUUGCCACCAAGGCAUCAGACGCUCUGCCAGCACUCGAAAGCGUCCGCGAUAAGCUCAAUGAGGACUCUAGUGUUCUCUUUCUCCAAAACGGCUUGGGAUAUCUCAACCAUAGCAAAUUGAAGACAUUCAACCAGCAGCUCCUCAUAUCUAACACGAACAUCGCGGCAACGUUAGUAAAUGGUAAACUCAUCGAGUCAUCAAAUGGUGGCACAUUCAAUGUCACCACUUAUACACCUUCGCAAGCUCUCACGAAGAACUCUGAGGGAUUGUUACACACGCUAGCAUCUUUGGACGGUAUAGAUGUCAAG